ACAGCCACUUGUAUCCCGGCGUUCCGCUGUGAAGUCGCGCUGAACGAUUCGAUGGAUGCAUUGGUUGCCAAGGUUGUCGAGGAGUUGAACAGCGAGGAUGGUCAGUGGAGGAAGGCGUAUGGUGAUGAUGCGCUUGUCACGAUGUACGUGUUUCGGUCAUAGUCAUUCGAUGUUCUGACCGUUUUGUAGUCGUGAUGUAUGCCUCACCUUCAAGCAGAAGGUCACUACGCAGUACACUCACAUCAAACCGAAGAAGUACGGGUCCAUACGGCAGUUCUGGGACUUACAUACACGCCAGAAGGGGCUGUACUUCAAUGACCAUCAGAUCAAGCACUUCUCGCCUGCGAUUGGCGUUCUUGUGCCAAUCAGCUGCACCCAGCCUAAGGUGGAUUCCGACGACAGUGGUGAUCGUGAUCGCGGCCGUCAAGAAGGAAAAGCUUGAUGACAGGUCAGUCAAUGUGAAGGUAGAGGUGAAGGACGAGGUGAAGGAGGAGCCUAUCGAGCCAGCACUGCCGAAGAAGCAACGUGCUGCACGCCGUAAGGCGCCGACAGUCAAGCCUCCAUCGCCACUGCGUCCUAUCGUUCUACAUCGCUCGAUCACGUUUUUCUAUGAGCAGCCUGUUCGUGAGGAUGAAACAUGGUCACUUCAGAGAUCUGUCAACGACUUUCAGGGGAAACUCCAUAUUCCAUUGACUGCUGGCAACUCAAGCAGAGUGCGAGAGCUUCUUGUCGAUGAUGAUGCUUCCAUUCUCCUCGGAGGCCCACGCUUUGAUGUCUACAACUCAGAGCUAGAUGCUGCUCAGCUUCAAGUCCUUCGUGUGGCAAGGCUUGGCGAUUUGCUCUCAGGUUUUCUGGCAGCACUUGGAAAGCAGCCUGCAUGGUUUCUAGACAUUGAAGUUCCCACUUACUUCAUUGCCUUGGAACUUGAAGACAGCAAUGAAGUACCCAAGACUGUCUUAGUCUGUUGCCCACAUGCUGCCGCUGAAGAGCUAUCGGGUGAUCUUGCACCAGAGAUCCAGGCUGAGAUCAAUGCCCUCACUGUAGCCCUCUCACACUAUUCUUUGCAUAGCUGUGAUGGUGACAAGGUAUAUGCAAGUUUCAAGACAAGCAUAACAGAGGGUGGGGCCAAGUUACAGAUAUUUGAUCCUGUGAUCCAUUCCAUCUCUGGUGAUGAAGGACUCCAUGAUCAAGGCCAAAAUGCUGUUUUGGACUUCAAGCUAAAACAUGCAUGCUCAAGACUCUGUUCCAAACUCAAGCUCCAACCUUUUGUAGAUGCAGCCUAGGUGAAGUUCAAUCCUGGUGUAUAUGCAUAGCAGAUGGAUUCAGCAGUAACAUACAACAUUCCUUUGGCCAUUUACUUACAGCCUUUUAAUACAAAAUCUAAUUUGUUUUUGUAAACUGGGAUUUGUACUCCCUGUGUGAUUGAUA